CUCAAAUCACCAUAUUUUUUGAUCUGCAUUGUUGCGCUACCUUAUUUUGGAUUUGGCUGCAAUUAAUCUUAAUUUAUUGGCUUUCGGAUUAGAUACAUAAUGUGGAAUGUAAAUAUAGUGUAACACUCAACCCGAAACUUGUCAAAAAAUUGUGAUGAGGCCCAAAAGAAACGAUAUCAGAAUUUCCCGUAAAUUUGUACCAAAUCCUGGAGCAUUAAAGGCGACUAAAAGGGACAGACAUAUCCGGUCUAUAAGUGCAAGGUCCAAGUCAAAAAACGAUGACGACGAAAUCCUGACCACAAAACCUAGGAAUGAGGUUGCUAGUGUCAAGGAUAAUCGUAAUUCUGAGAGAAAAAAUCUGAAAAACCCUGCAGUUCCUGAUUCAGGCUCCAGUAUGAAAACGAAAGCCAUGCCAGAUCCAAAGCGAAAGCCUACAGAUACAGGUGAUAGCCGUCUAGCAUUAUCUGAACAGAAGCGCAAACGUUCGGGGGCGGAAAAUUAUAUCAACAAAAGAUUUUUGUAUGACGUUGUAGAGCCUCCUAAGCGCAACCGCCAGAAAAAGUUCUUACACUUACCAAACCGGUCAACAGCGGCUCUCAUGGCCGUUUCUUCUGCCAACCUUCUGAAAAAACACAAGUCAAAACUUGGUGUCUCUGGUCAAAUAUCCAGUGAACGUGAUCUAUUCUCCCAUGUUAGAAGUCGACAUGGUCGACGUCUCAAACCAAAACAUGAGUACAGUCCCUCUCAAUCAGCUGACGAAUAUCACAUCUUGGAACAACCUCCCUCCACUGACAGUAGCUGGAGACCCAUCAAGAAAAACAAAGUCUUAACACAAGCAGCAAAAUCACGACCUGAUCACAAGUCAGACACCACCAACUAUCUCAAACGUGACAAAUACGAUAAAGACUAUUACUCAUCGGAUGAAGAUCAGGGAGGUAGUGAACUUGGAGGAAUCCUCUCACCUAAGACAUAUUACCCUGAUGCAUCGUGUAUAUCAACUUAUUCUGACAUGUUCAGUGAACUUCAAAAACCAGAACAGCUUAUUCACAGUCAGCACCCAGAUACUAUGGAGAAUCUUAGAAGACUGGAAUCAUCUAAAUUGAAGAAUCGUUCCAACCUAAGACGUGUACUCAGUCCAAGCGGCAACCAAAAAGAACCUUCCAAUUCAUUUUUACGACAAACUGUAUUUCGUUCUGAUGAAAUUUCUCCACCAAUAAUUGAUCGACAUACCACUAAUCUACUUGAUUUUUGCAUGAAUUCAAAUGUUGAUCAAUUUACACAUAUAAGAAGUAAUUUAGAUAAAACAACUAUUCAUGGAGAUGAUUUAGAGUCUGGAGAAUCACGUGGACUCACUAAUCGGCAAGUUCAACAAUCUCAAGAAGAAUUGGAAGAAGAUUUGCUUGCUCCAGAACUUUCUAUCAUUGCAAGCUCUAACACUGCUGUCAGUUCUGAUGGUGUUCUAGUAUCUACAUUGACAGAUACUGGAACAAUGUUAUCGUCAGGUAGCAGUCGACGAAAAUCUCCUGUUAGACCAAUGCAAGUGUUGAGAACAAAAACUACGCAUACUAACUCUACAACACCAGCGCCUACCAAUGCAUCACCGACUAUGUUAGUGACAGGUUCUGACAAUAGCCCAUUUGUUUUCACAUCACCAUCAGUGGUUACAAAUUCUGUAUAUACCAGAUCAUUAUCCGACUUAGAUCUUGGCCAUGAUGGUGAUGUGUUAACCUCUGGAUUAUGCUCUGUAUUAUCUGGCAAUAAUUCACAAUCACUUGGUGAAUCGAAUCAACCUUUAGAAAAUACUAGUAGUAAUUAUGUUGUAAACAAUGCAGAAAUGGAAAUUCACUCGAUAAAUGAUCAUUCACAUCAAAUUUUAUCAUCUGGACCACCACCGCCACCGCCACAACAACCACUAACAUCGAUAUGCAUGAGUAGUAGUAGUAGUAGUGGUUCAAUCACACAAAUUCCAAUUUCUAUGGAUAGUUCCAUUGUAUCAAAAGGAGGAGGAAAUACAACAGUCUCAUCUGGUUUAUUACCAUCACUUCUUACUCAGUCGACGACACGUCCAGUUUCAGUUGUUCAACAACCUAUUAUUUCUCGUGUUUUUAUGGCGCCAAAUACAACACGUUCAAUUACAACUCCUGUAACAAAACCUAUUAUGUCAGUUCCUCAUUCUACUCUUGGUUCAGUUUCGUCUCGACGACGUCCUACUAUUUUAAAGAGAGCAUUAGGAACAGUCAACUCCACAGGUUCUAAUUCAUUGAUCACUUCACGACCAACAACAGUUUUUGAACAACCAUCCGAUAAUGAUGUGGAUUUGUCGUCAACAUCAUCAUCAUCUAUUAGUCGUACUAUUGGUGUAUUUAAUUCCGGUUGUAGUAGUAGUAGUACUGGACAAUUAACAAAAUCUAUCAAUUCAAUAACUAUAGAUGAAUCUGCUUUAUCUGGUAAUUUUACAAAUACAUCUACAAAAUUAUUACAAUUAGUUACUACUACAAAUCCAACCACAUCAACAAUUCCUUCUGAACAUUUAAAUCCUAAUCAAACUGCUAGUGAUCGUUUAUUUGGUAAACGUCUUUUAGCUUAUAAUAGAAAUAUUACAUCACAUACUACUACUACUCCUAAUCAUAAUAAUCAUAAUAAUACUAAUUCAAUGUCAACAAAUAUUACUCCACCGAAUUCAGGGACAACUCAUCAUCAUCAUCAUCAACAUCAUCCAGGUUCAGCGCCAACAAAUACAACAAUUAAUACUGCAACUCCUUAUCGAUAUGCUGUUGUUCGAGGCUCAGCUGAUGGGAAACAAUAUGUUUUGAUAAGUAAUCCUCGUCUGGUUGAUCAAACAGUUCAUGAACAACAACAUCAGCAAUCGAUAGCAACACUGACUACCGCUGUAAAUGAUGCAACCUCCUUAGAACCUGUGUAUGUUUCAACAACACCUACAAUUAUUGAAAAUUUCCAUUCGGAUUUAUUUCCUCUUGAUUCGUGUACUACUAAUAGUAAUAAUAGUAGUAGUAUAUCCAGAGCGUUCAAAGUUGAAAUCAACGGUGCUCAUUUAAUUCGAAUGAAUCCAGACGGUCAUAAUAAUAAUAAUAACAAUACAAUAUCUGAAAAUAAUCGACCAAUUCGAACAAUCUACACAACACUACCACAAGGUGCUACAACAAUGGCAGCUACAUAAAUUUUAAUGAUUGGCAGUAGACGGAAACAAAUAAACAAACUUAUCCCCUCUUGUUUCAGUUUUAUUUCAUUUCGGUAGCCGCCUCCUCUCCUACAGCCCCCCAUCGCCCCGCCCCAGUCAUACAAUUUAUUUUCUUUUUGCCCGAUUUUUGAUUCAAUUUUGUGUUUCCAUCCUAGUCUCCGGUAUUUAUAUAUAUAUACAUAUAUACAUAUAUAUCAACACACCUCCUUACUCACUCACUCACUCACUCGUUCACUCAAUCACCCAUACACAUACACACACUCGCUCUCUCUCUCUCUCUGUUUGUCUGUCCGCCCACGAAUGCCUUCUUCGUUUGCUUUUUCGGUCCAAUGCCGACCGACUAUCUGUAUUCAUUCAUCAUCUCUCUCUCUAUAUAUACAUGUAUUUCUCAGUUGGGUUUGUCAGAAUACACAAACUUCUUCUUCUAUUUGUGUUUGUGUGAAUAUUUAUACCCCAUGUGAAAUCUUGUAAAACAUUUAACUUGGUAGUGUCCUUCUUCUUCAUCUUCUUUCUUAAUGGAUAUCACACUCGUUUAUAUAUAUAUAAAUACACACAUAUAUACUGCGCCUUUAUGCACACAUUGGUUUUCGUCUUCUUGUUCUUUGUUCUCUGUUUGUUUCUUUUCCUAGUGUGUUUGUGUGUGUGUGUGCGUUUUUCAAAUUUAUUGUUAUUUUUGUUCGAUUUUUUCUCGUCACUUUGGGUUGUCUUUUUUUGCUGUUUUUUUUUGCGUUACACAUUAUGAGAAGUUGCAUAAUGUUCCUUUUUUUGUUUUGUAAUGAUGUAGCUUCUAUAGUUUAAUAAUCAUUCAUACACACACUCACACUAUUCAAAUUGGUAUUAAAGUAGUCGACUGAGCAUUCUCAUUCAUCUAUUGUACUUUAUUUACUCUAUAUAUUACUUUUUUUCUACGUGUAUGUGUGUGUGUGUGUGGCUGUGUGGAAAUCGAGAAACACCAGUACACCACCCACUAUCUCUUCAAAAGUAAAACUUUCUAAUAUUCAUUGAGUGUGAAUUGUGUUGUGUUAUUAUUAUUAUUCUUAUCAAUAUGAAUAUCGGUAAUGUGAUAUAAAUUUAAUAUUAUCUAUCUAUCUAUCUAUAUAUAUAUAUAUAUAUAUAU